AUGAAUAUACAGCAAAUCGAUCAAGAAGAGCAUCAUGAUAGAAUUUGCUCUAAUAUUACAGAUAUUAUGUGUAAAAUGACUCUUUCUUCCGAAUUGUCGCUCGUUUCAGAGGAAUUGUUAGGAGGCAUAAGUUGCGAGGAAGACAUAUUCAGAUACACUCUCUAUACUUAUCAUGGAUCAGCUAAACAUGCAGCUCAUUCGAAUACCUCAAAAGAUGUCUCAUUGGGUUCACUGGAGGCUUCUGCAAAUUAUGAGAAACUUGAAAAACAUACUAUAUACUUUGUUCUUCAAUCAGCAACCCUCAGGUUAAUAUCAAGCGGCUUUCAAUUGAUAGCUACCGAGUCCAAUGACGUACAAUUGCAACCUGAUGACGUUGCAAAAGUAUAUUUGUUCAAAACAAAUCAGAGCUGUUCCUCUGAUUACUUGAUUACUUUAACAAUUACCGAGCGGUUGCAAAUUCGCUGCUAUACGUACAAUGAAUCGUCAAUUAAACUGCGCAUUUUAGAUAGUUUGCUGCUAGACAGUGGAAAAGGGAAGGCUGAUUUCUCUGUAAUUGGAAACACGUCUCUGUCAAAUCAAUUCAUGGUGCUGUGUCAAAAGUCCAAUACGCUAACUGCCGCUUCAUAUGAAAUCGUUAAUACUGAUAAUGGAGUCAAAUUGAUUACUAGCGACAAACAACUUCUAUUUACAAGAUCAAAGUUAUUAUAUGGAUCUAUGACUUAUUACAGUAACAUAAAUGUUGCAAUUCUUGCCUUAUGGAAUUGUAAUCGUGUUUGUCUUUUGCAUGUAGAAUGGUCUCAACUAAACGAUGAUAGAAAUGCUUACAGGUUUGUUUUACCUAACGUCUCAAAUGUCCGAAGAAUUACUCACUUAAAUCCAAUAACGUUCUUUGUUUCUACUGAAGCUGGGUCAUAUUUGAUGUCUUCAUCCCAAAUUAAAACUGGUGAUUGGAAGUUUAAACCAAUGGCUCCCCCGUUCAAUGUCGUCACAACCGAACAACAAUGUGACGAUAUCACACGUAUUUUGCAAAAGUCAUAUCAAAACCUUAGUAAUUUUGAACACUCUACACUCAUUUUAGUCGAUAAUUCAGAUAUAUUGCUCAUAUUGUCUUCGACGUCUGGCGAAACUAAAUAUUUCCAUCUGCUCAAACUAAAAUUUGCAGAGAAGUUUUAUGUGACCGAAAUCACUGAAGAUAACAACAUAUCAUUAGAUAUUAUAUCCAGAAACGGUAUCGAAAGAAUCUCAGUGCCUUUGAGAAUGGAUUGUAUGUUUUCGUUGGAUGAAGAUUACAGAGAAACCACUGCACACCUUUCAACUCCUACCUCUAUUCAAUUUUACUCAAGAUAUGAUACUGUUUCGUCCUUUAUUAAAAAUUGUGAUGGUAGAAAUCCAUGGUGCAUUGGGAAAUCAGGAAUGUAUCAAUUAGACAUAUCAGGAUGUCCCGUACAACAUGUCGCAACUGUUGGUGCCUUGUCCGUGGAAUCUAGUAUUUCACAGCAGUUUGUUUUCGACCUACAUUCUACUGCCAAUUGUGAUUUGCUCCCUUUCAGAAAUCGGGCUCUCACUUCAUUCGACAAGGAAUAUUUAGUGUUAAGUUUGGAAUGUGCAGUAAACAUUAACUUUAUUGGAUUUAAUAUGAACUCUGUAACAGAAUUACACAAAUCAGCCGUUCAAUGGCCUUUCAACGUGGAGAACACAUACACGAUAAGUUUAUUCCCGAUGUUUGGAUCGCUAUUCCAAGUACUUCCAUCUUCUAUGUUAAAUAUUGACACCAAAGGUUCACAAAUGACUGUAUAUGAAGCUGCCAAAAUCUUUUGCGCUGUUGGAUACCAUCCAAGGAAUGAAAUAACUCUCUUAUCGAUGAAGAAGAAGGAUGAGAUCGUUUUUACUGUACUUACAUUAAAUGAAUCGGCAAUUAUAGUAAAGAAAGAAAUACUUCUAGAACUUUCACAAGAUGUCCAUGAUGAUACAACCAAACCAUUCUGGUUUGAAGGAGAGACACUUUUUUUUGCAAUUAAGACGGGAAAUACCAUAUCACGUUACAUAUAUGACAUAAAUGGUAAGUUGCAUAUGAAAGAGAAGAUGAAUUUGUCUAGUAACGCAGAGCUUAUACUGGAGUAUGGUUUCAACACUGUGGGUAACAAUACUCAUCUCUAUGUGCAGAAAAUGUCAAAAUGUGGAGAUAUCAUAGAUCAUGAAAGUGGACAGGUAUUACAGAUUAGCGUUGGGCCUUCUAAAAUGAUUCAAUUAGACCAAUCAAGUCUUCUAAUCCACGACAGUCAUUGCAUUAUACUUAUAAAAGAUGGUCAAAAGAUAAGGGUUAAACUGGACGUUCAAAAAAAUAGUAUAGAAGGAAAUGGUAACAUAAGACAAGUGGAUGCCAUAAUUGAAAUGGGCCAGUUAGUUGCAUUGGUGAUUCUAUUUGACACCCACAUAGUAAUAGCUCGCGGAGAGCAUGUUUCAAACAUUUUACAGCAACACCGUGUCAGAGAACGAGAAAGCAAUGCCCAAAGCCAUGGUUAUUUUCCGCACAUUAACAGGAUGGUGGUGUACAACGCACGGAAGCAAAUUGUGUACGCACUAAAACUCCAAACAGGGAAGACCGUGGCAUUAGAAUUCGACAAUGUCAGGGACUUCCGCAAGGUAUAUUAUUUGAGCGAAGUAGAUUUCCAUGGGAAGUGCGAGGAUAGAAACUGUUACGUGACAAUCGUGGGUAGAACAAAGGCCGGUACCAUUCUUUUAAAAUUGUGUCGGAUUUCAUUCAAGAAGGGAAAACUCUACAUGAGACAAACGAAAGAACUACGACUAGAGAAAUAUUCGGACCAAACAGAAACCGUGGAAGUGACCACACGGUCGGAAAAUGACUCUGAACUAUGGAUCACAAUAGGCAACAAGCUAAAGAUCGUAACCGUUACAACAACGAACUUAAUUAUACAGCACGACUUCGGUUUCCACCACGAAAUCUCGGAAUUGAAAGUUUCUUCAAAUCUAAUACUCAUGAAAUUGAAACGAGAACUAGACUCCGAUGAAUCCUUUUGCCAAGUGGGACGAAUCAAUGAAUUUAUCAAAUAUGGCACCAAAGCCCUCGUAAGCUUACAAGAGUACGAAUGGAUUAACUUCAUCAGGGAAGAUACGUUGAAAACAAGAUUUUUCGAACCAAACUGGCUCAUCAUUUGGGGUAAUGACAGAUUCACUACUGAAGGGAUAAUAGUUUUUGUCAGAAACACAAUCCAUGGCAUAGAAAGAUACCCGGUGGACAAAACUACUACAUGCAAGAUCACAGUUCGUUCGCAUCCUGUGGACAUAAUGAUGACUAAAACUGAAGAAAAACUCCACGAAUGGACUGUACUUCACAGCACAGGGCACAUAACCACAAUAAAGACCGCUAUUCUACAUAUUGAGUGA